GGGCACUUUCAUUGUGCGCCUUUAACGCGCGCUUUUUACGUACAGUCAAGCGCACAGCACCUUUAUGUGAUCCAGGCUAGAUGCUAAAGUAGCCUCUGCGUUGGCCUCACACACCGUAGUCCUCAAAGAGAUACGUGCUUUUUCCUCGGCUUGUUAUUAAAAAAAAACUCGGCGGUUUCCACAUCCUAAAGGGAUUUGCCAUCGGCCUGCAGCUGCAUACUGUUGAUACUGUUGAGCAGCAAACUUUGCUAUGGGCAAGAAGUCUCGCGACGAUGAAUCCUCAUCCUCCGAUGAAGAGGAAUAUGUUGUGGAGAAGGUGCUGGACAGAAGGGUAGUGAAAGGCAGGGUUGAGUUCUUCCUGAAGUGGAAAGGAUAUUCGGAAAAGCACAACACUUGGGAGCCAGAAAAGAAUCUGGACUGCCCUGAGCUUAUUUCAGAGUUCAUGAAGACCUACAAGAAAAGCAGCGGUGGAAGCUCCACACCAAGCAGCGGGGCCAGCAAAUCAAGCACAGGCUCCUUAGGACGCUCCAAAGACUCCAGUACCUCAAAAAAGAGAAGCUCCGAUGAUGAUGAGGAGGGUGGAAGCAAGCCCAAAAAGAAGAAGGAGGACGACAUCCUAGUUGCGCGUGGCUUUGAGAGAGGACUUGAGCCAGAGAAGAUCAUUGGGGCAACUGACUCAUGUGGUGACCUGAUGUUCCUCAUGAAAUGGAAAGACUCUGAUGAGGCAGAUCUUGUGCUUGCCAAGGAGGCCAAUCAUAGGUGCCCACAGAUUGUUAUCGCAUUCUAUGAGGAACGUCUCACCUGGCACGAAGACAGUGACAAGAAGGAGAAGGACGCUGUCAGUGCGUGAGUUCUUCACGCCAGGAGGAAACAAACUCCUCCACUGCAGGGACAACCUUGAGUCGGACAUUUUUCACGCCCAAAACCUCCCAUCCUUCCUCUUUACCAUGUCCAACAACGACACACAGUGGGCACAGUCCUGUCUUUCUUCAUCCAUAACCCACUGGAGCACAGGGGCCCAGACUGCUGACAAGGAACCAUCAAACAGGGAGAGCGGCUGUAGCGGACAUGGGUGAUAUGCUACUGGGGAUGGGUUCUGCUGUUCGGUCUUUGUAUUCUUUACCCUCUUUUUAAUGUCUUAACACAUCAUGUUUUAGUGCUCACAGGAUACAGUUAUGUCAGUAAGGUAUUUUUCAGUAAUGGCCAUCUGUUUAAACUCCGACAGAGUUUCUACGAAAGCUGUGUUAAUUAUGAGCUUGUCCCACGGAAGGUGCACAACCCCCAUCCUGAAGUCUUUAUGGACUGUGCUCCUCCUUGCUUUGAGAUUCCACUAACAUCACUGAGGAUAAGCAUAGUAUCAAUAUUCAGGAAGCAAACACCAUGGCUCUUUCCUGGCUGCAUAAUCAUUUCCUUUUUUAAAAAAACUUUCUAUCUCUUGUAGAUUUUUUUAGUUUUUCCUGUGUAAGAGGAUACAACUACCCAGUUUAAAUUUGCAAAAUGAUGCCAGCCGAUGAUGUAUUUUUAACAAAAUGAUAUCGACAUUUUGUUUGGUUGUUUUUAUUUUCUUCUUUUCCAUGUUUUAAUGUGAAAUUUGUGAUGUUUUUUAAAUUCCUCCAUGCUAUCACCAGUUCAAGUAAAAGACAAUAAAACAAAGUGUACUCUAUUUGGUAUCUUUUUUUUCCCCCUUUGUUAACUGCAGUGUUAUAUUUGGACCGGUCUCAUGUUAGCAUGUUAGACAAUCUUGUAUCCAAACCAGCAGUUGUUGACAGUCAUUUGGGUCUGCCAUCUUGUGGCUUAAAGGUGAAUAACUUUAGAGCAUAUGACCAAGCUCGUCAAGGACAGCCCUGCAGUUUUAUUUUGGUGUUAUUGAUCAUAAGUUAGUUAUACUUUGAUAUAUUUUUUUACAGUGUAUGGUAGACUUGGUCAUUAGAUUUUUUUUUAUUAUUGUAGUGUUAUUAUGAAACAUUAAACCCGUUUUAAAUCAUUA